CCCAAACGGGACAAGACCUUGUUGGAGAUGUUUCAGUUCACCAGAUUGCCAGCUGCUGGUCUUAGAAGAGUUGUGCUCAGAGGCACGAGCAUCUCGAGGGGGCCGUUGGCGAAGAGCUACUGUCCCCAGCUCGGGAGAUACCGCUUCAACGGCUCAAGAUUCCAAUCAACAAAGGCUGGAGCCAGUGGGUUCUCUCAGGGAGAAGGUUCACAGAGUGGUGGUGGUCAGCAAGGACAGAAGGGCAAGGGCGAGCAGCAGAAGAAGAAGAGUGGUGUCAAGGCGCUGAUACAGGAGUACGGGUACUCUGCGCUUGGUGUGUACCUGAUGCUGUCCUGUAUCGACUUCCCAGCGUGCUUUGUCGUUGUGCAUUCGUUUGGAGCCGAUAAGGUGAAACAGGUCCAGACAGACGUGAUGAACUACCUGAAGCGAAUCACUGGGCUGGGCCACCAGAAGCCGGCUGUUGUGUUGGACGGUGGUGAUAGCAACUCCAAUGUUGUACCUGAGGAGGAGAGGUCCUUCUGGGAGAGCCCACUGUUCACAGAGGCCAUAGUGGCUUACGCAUUGCACAAGUCAUUGAUCUUCAUCAGAGUGCCAAUUACUGCUGCAAUCACACCGUCCGUGGUGAAGCAGCUGCGUAGAUGGGGGUUCAAUGUUGGCAGACAGAAGCUCUCCACGAUUGCUCAUCAGGCAAAGGCCAAGACCACCAAUGCCAUUGUGGAUAAGGCCCAUGCUGCUGCUUCCAGUCCAAAGUUCGGCACCAGGGUGAACAAGAAGCAGAAAUGGACCAGCUGGUUCUUCUGAACGAUGCAUUGCGAGUCCAAUGCUGUAAAUAGACGACAUAGGCACAUAGGUAGGCACAUAGUUACUCAUACAGGAUAAAGAAAGGUGAUUAUGACACACUCAAAGUAAGUUCCAUUAAACCAUAAGUAGGAGAUGCGAUGUAUUGUAUGUAAAGAAGAAUAAAGCCUGACCGAUCUGUUUGUACAUUAGCACAGAUGGGGGAACGUUAUUACCACUUUCAGCGGGUCAUUGGUUUGAAUUGGUGGUGUUAUUUGUAAGU